UAAUACCUUUGGAUCUGUUCAAUUACCUAUUGAAGAAAGAUACACCCUUGCACAAAAUUUCGACUGCCAUUUGUAUUAUAUUUUUCAUGUUAUCUGCAGUCCUGGUGGGGAUUUCAAUCUCGCGACUUCAAGAUCAUUACCGGUUCCAGCAAGAGUAUUCGUUGUGGCUUCUUACUGCCUUCGGCUUCUCAGCAUUACAAGAGGCCCAAGUUACAUACAGUUUCAUCAGAAUUUGGUUCAAAGAACACAGCGGGCUGGAGGUUGCAUCUAAAGUCAUGGUUAUCAUCCUUUCUUUGGCUGAGUUAUCACUGUUCAUUCUGGGUUUCAUCCCCUUUGCGAAUGGAAUUGUCACGUACCUAAUCAGAGGAGCACCCAUUUUCUUCCUCACUACAUGCAUCCUCUGUUGCUAUCCUGCACUUCGCUUUUCUAUCAAAACUUUGAAGUACGGGCGGGAUAUGAAAACAAAGCUAAUACUGCCUAUCCUCACUUUCUUCCAAAUCUUUCAACCACUUCUCACGACUGUCGCUUUAACUUGCAUGUGGCGAAAUGCAUCUUCGACCUAUUUUAUUCAUUGGCUGUGGAUUCUUGCAUUGUCGGGGAAAGCAUGCAUCUGUCGUAUUGUAUUACAAUCCGCGUGGAAUUGUGUCGACAAAAGAUGGUUCUCAACAGCAACCACAAGCCACCUGGAAAACAGGAUCAUAAGAAAUGCAUCUGCUGGAGAGUCUAUACAGAGUUUUAACUUGGAGGCAGGUCGUCGAUAUGGUGUAGGAUCGAUUUCUGAAGGAUAAAUUAAUGUCCCUCGAGAUUUGGAGGUUGCACAUACCAGAGGAAAUUAG